GGAGGCGCCCGGCUGAGGCGCCGGUGCGCGAGCGGGAGUUCCGGCGGGAGGCCCGUGCAGCACCUUCACCAUGGCCUCGGCUGAGCUGGACUACACCAUCGAGAUCCCGGAUCAGCCCUUCUGGAGCCAGAAGAGCAGCUCCAGCCAAGCUGGGAAGGAGGCGGGCACUCGGCAGCCGGUGGUGAUUCUCUUGGGCUGGGGUGGCUGCAAGGACAGGAACCUUGCCAAGUACAGCGCCAUCUACCAUAAAAGGGGCUGCAUCGUGAUCCGCUACACGGCCCCGUGGCACAUGGUCUUCUUCUCUGAGUCCCUGGGCAUCCCGUCACUGCGGGUUUUGGCCCAGAGACUGCUGGAGCUCCUCUUCGAUUACGAGAUUGAGAAGGAGCCCCUGCUCUUCCACGUCUUCAGCAAUGCGGGCGUCAUGCUGUACCGCUACGUGCUGGAGCUCCUGCAGACUCACCAGCGCUUCUGCCACCUGCGUGUGGUGGGCACCAUCUUUGACAGCGGUCCUGGUGACAGCAACGUGGUUGGGGCGCUGCGGGCCCUCGCCGUCGUCCUGGAGCACCGGCCUGCCGUGCUGCGCCUCCUGCUCCUGGUGGCCUUUGCCCUGGUGGCAGUGCUGUUCCACGUCCUGCUCGCUCCCCUCACUGCCCUCUUCCACCCCCACUUCUAUGACAGGCUACAGGACGCUGGCUCUCGCUGGCCCGAGCUCUACCUCUACUCCAAGGCUGACGAGGUAGUGCUGGCCAGGGACGUGGAACGCAUGGUGGAAGCACGCCUGUCACGCCGGGUCCUGGUGCGCUCUGUGGACUUUGUGUCAUCUGCCCACGUCAGCCACCUCCGCGACUACCCUACUUACUACACGAGCCUCUGUGUCGACUUCAUGCACAACUGUGUCCACUGCUGAGAUCCCUGCUCCGGCUCCCCUCUGCUCCAGAAAUAAAUGCCUGACACCUCCCCACGGC